CGCCGCGCCGCGCAGGGCUCCGCCGCCUCCACCUCCGCCAAGCCCGCCAAGGACGUCGUGCUCGCCAAGCCGCUUAUCCGCCACGAGCGCGCGGCCGUGCUCCGCGAGAUCUUCGACUCGCUCGACGACGGCGGGCGCCCGCGUCGUAGGAUCAACAACAACAACAACAACAACAACCAAUCCCACGCGCCGCCUCUCUCCUGAGAGAACCGCCGGGGCCGGACCGCUCGAGACCAUCGCGGUCCGGCCGCCGACGGCACGUGGACUCCCGUGCCGUGGGCCCCCGCUUCACUGCGCGACCACGCGCAGGCGACUUCCAGAUCUCGCGCGCCGAGUACGUCCGCCUCAUGGGCACGCGCGGUGUCGCCGCUGGAGAGGCCAACGCCACCUGUCGGAGACCAGCGCGGAAAUCAACCAGUGCGUCAGACCGGCCUGGACUUACUCACCCGAACGUUUGAUUUCCGCACAGUCUUCGACAUGGACCACUCGGGCAGCAACCUCAUGUGCCAUACCCGCGUCGGAAUCAUCACGCCAUCGCCGUGACGUAAUUGACGCGAUCGCGACGCAGGACCGUAGCGAAGUUACCUGUGUGGAAAUCAAAAUUUACGGCGCGUUCGCGCUGAAACGCUGCGUCGACCUCACGCCAUCGACGCGACGCCUGCUCGACGGCGUGGCGAUGCCGGUUCAUCACCGUUCGACGGAACCAGCGCGGCCACGUUAUCGCCGAGAAAUGAUUUAGUGAAGAAUUAUCGGGUGCACCCGACACACUGGUUGAUUUCCACACAGGAAGUUACAACACUACGCCUAUACCAAAUCCAUCGAGCUCAUCGCCGACAGCUUCAAAGAAAUAGACCUCCAGGACGGCGCGCGCCGGCGCGAAUUUGAACGGUACCAGUCGCCUUCGCGUACGAGCUUGCCUACACAGGCACGCGCGACCGCCAGCUGACGGGCAAGGACGUCCGCUUCUACUUAUUGGGCGCCGGUCUGUCGAAGGACCAGGCGGUCCGCGUCUGGGAGCAGCUCGACGAAAACGGCAACGGCAAGGUGUCGUAUCCCGAG